AUGGCUUCCGUUACUUUGACUGGUGCCGAGGGCCGUAGCAUAACAGUUCCGACGGGCCUCUUCAUUGACAACAAGUUUGAACCCGCAACCAGCGGCGCCACGAUUGACGUGGAAAAUCCGAGCACCGGGAAGCACCUAGCCACCGUCUCCGCCGCCCAGGCAGAAGAUGUCGACCGUGCCGUACAGUCGGCCAAGAAGGCCUAUGUGAGCUGGAAAAAGGUUGACUCUGGAGAGAAAAGAAGAUUACUCAACAGACUGGCCGAUCUGGUCGAGCGAGACGCCGUGGAACUGGCAUCGCUAGAGGCCCUCGAGAGUGGAGUGCUGUAUGGAGUAUCCAGGGCUCUCCACGUUCAGGAGUCAAUCAGCAACCUUCGCUACUUUGCCGGCUGGGCUGAUAAGCUUGACGGCGACUCCCUCAGCAUCCCGCAGGGACUGGCCUACACGCGACGGGAACCCAUCGGCGUCUGCGCCGCCAUCGUGCCUUGGAACUCACUGAUGAUUGCGUUCUGGAAGAUUGCCCCUGCCCUCGCUACUGGCAAUGUGCUCAUCCUCAAGACUCCCGAAAUCACCCCUCUCUGGGGCUGCAAGCUGGCUCAGCUGAUUGCCGAGGCAGAGAUCCCGCCUGGCGUUGUGAACAUCAUCACUGGCCUGGGCAACAUUGCUGGCCAGGCGCUGUCCGAGCACAAUGACAUUAAGAAGAUAUCAUUUACCGGAAGCCCCGGCGUGGGCAGACGAAUCUUGGAGACGUCGGCCAAGACCAACCUCAAGAAGGUGUCUCUGGAGCUUGGCGGCAAGGGUCCCAGCAUUGUAUUCGCCGAUGCAGACCUCGAAAACGCCUUGUUCUGGACCACGCUGGGUAUCACAGUCAGCAACGGCCAGGUUUGUGCUGCGGGCAGCCGCAUCUAUGUUCAGGAUACCAUUUAUGAAAAGUUUGUGGAAGAGUUCAGCAAGCGGAGCAGAGAUGCCGUCCACGGCGACCCACUGCUUCCAGAGACCACCAAGGGAUCUGUUGCCAACAAGGCCCAACUGGACAAGAUACUUGAGUAUGUCAAGAAGGGCAAAGAGUCGGGCGCCAGACUCCUGCACGGCGGCGAGCGGCUGCCAGGAGACGGCUACUUUAUCGCAAAUACGGCCUUUGCCGAGGUUGACCAAAAGGCCCCCAUUAUGCAAGAAGAGGUGUUUGGCCCGCUGGCCAGUAUUGCUCCUUUCAGCACACUAGAUGAGAUCAUUGCCAAGGCCAAUGAUACCAGCUACGGUCUGAGCGCUGCCGUCUUUACCAAUGACGUGAACAAGGCCUUUAGGCUCAGCGAGGAGAUCGAGUCGGGCAUGGUCACGGUCAAUGCUUGGGGCAUGAUUCAUGCCAACACACCAUUUGGAGGCGUAAAGGAGAGUGGCUUUGGAAGGGAUAUGGGUAAAGAGGCCCUCGAGGACUGGACGACUACCAAGACGGUCAAGUGGAACAUUCUACCCACCAAGUAA